UUAUUAUUGUCAUGGCCGACCUUGCUGCUCCACCUCCUGAGCCCGAGUCUAAAUGUGAAUCUUCUCCUUCAUCCUCGACGACUUCACCGUCAACCGCGACACAUCCUCACCAUCCUCUAUCCUCGCUCCUUGAACCCGCCCUCACUCGCCUACCCUCAACCUCCACCCCCUUUGACCUCUCCAGAAACCUUCAGCAGGCCCCUGAUGCUGCGGUCGCGCUCGCAGGUGUCCACCCUUCGAAUAUUGACAUGGAGCCUUCGAGCUCGGGACACAGGCGGCGCCGCAGCAGUUUGAUGAACAGUCUGGAUGCCACUGCUCAUUCAAAACGCGUGCCGAGGACUCCGGCUGGCGGGAGCAGGAUACAGGAAGAGCCGAAACUGGGGGAUGGGGGAGACGAGGAUGUGAGCACGAGUGAGGAUGUGGAGCUGAAUGAGUUGUCUGAGGAUGAGGGAUUACAAGAUGACGAGGAGACCGGCCUGACAGGGAAAGAUAAGAAGAGGCGGAGAAAGAGGAGGAGAAGGAACACUCUGAUCGAUCAAAGGGUUGCGCGGGAGAUUAAGAUCACGGCGGAGGAGAAGAAGGAGGCCGACCAAAAUGUUGUGAAGAAGAGUCUUGUCAAUGGCUUGCUGAUAGGGUUGUGGUAUCUUUUCUCAUUAUCUAUAUCUAUAUACAACAAAUGGAUGUUCGAUCCCGAACACCUGAACUUCCACUUCCCCCUCUUCACUACUUGCGUACAUAUGCUGGUGCAAUUCAGCCUUGCAUCACUAGUCCUCUAUUUCCUUCCCCAAUUUCGACCGCGAUACGACGCGAUAUCCAACCCUCACAAUACCCGCUCAGACGCGAACAUGAUUCAACAUGAAGAAAAUUCCAAGAAACCUUUGAUGACGAGAAUGUUUUACUUUACGCGUAUUGGGCCCUGUGGAAUGGCGACUGGCUUAGAUAUUGGCCUGGGGAACAUGUCUCUCAAAUUCAUCACCCUUACGUUUUACACUAUGUGCAAAUCCUCCUCUCUCGCCUUUGUCCUAUUAUUCGCCUUUCUCUUCCGUCUCGAGACCCCCUCGUGGCGUCUCAUCGCCAUCAUAGCCACCAUGACCGCCGGCGUGAUAAUGAUGGUAGCCGGUGAAGUCAAGUUCUCCGUGUUAGGUUUCAUCCUCAUCAUAUCCGCUGCCUUCUUUUCCGGUUUCCGCUGGGGCCUGACGCAAAUCCUGCUCCUGCGCAACCCCGCUACCUCGAACCCAUUCUCAUCCAUCUUCUACCUCGCUCCCGUCAUGUUCGUCUCCCUUUUCUUGAUCGCCAUCCCUGUUGAAGGCUUCCCCUCUCUCUGGCAAGGUCUGCAAGUCCUCGUCGAGAAGAAAGGUCUCCUUGGGCCCCCAAUCCUUAUAUUCCCCGGCGUGAUAGCAUUCUGCAUGACGGCCUCCGAAUUCGCUCUGCUGCAACGUACUAGCGUCGUCACGUUAUCAAUCGCCGGCAUCUUCAAAGAAGUCGUCACCAUCUCCGCCGCCGGCAUCGUAUUCGGGGAUGCCCUCACGCCCGUCAACAUUUCGGGCCUAUUCGUGACAAUCGGCGCCAUCGCUGCAUACAACUGGAUAAAGAUCCGCAAGAUGCGCGAAGACGCCCGCAACGAGGCGCACCGUCUUCAUCUAGACGCCCAAGGCGGCGAGAGCGGCAGCGAUGCCGACGGCGAAAGCGAAGAAGAAGAAGACUGGGCCCGGAGAGACGAUAACUACAUCACAACGGACGGCGAUAUCCUUCCCAGUCCGCGAAACUUCGAGAUGAGAUCAGCCAGCGACUCGAGGUCAAAUGGGGACGCGGCUGCUCAUGCGCCGAGUAGGGCGCAGUUGGAAGCGUUGGCUGCGAGCAAGAGGGAGUUGAGCGAUUGAUUGAUUGAUUGAUUGAUUGAUGCGGAGUUGGGGGGAAGUAAGGUAGAUGAUGAUGAUGGGGAUCUUGUGUAUUACUAUAUUUAUAUCAUUGAUAUGAGCGAGCCUUCACCGGGUGGGGGGGCCACGGGCGUUGCAUACUGGCGUUGCAUACCAGGCGUCUUUUCUUUUGUUUUUUUUUUCCCUUUGCUUGUUGUCAGCAUGCAUGGUGUAUAAAUCUACGGAUUGCACCUCCACCUCGUUUUGGGUACGGAUUUCAAAUCAAAUCAAAUCAAUAGAGAAAGAAAGAAAAGAAGAUUUUGGAUGGGUUUUCAAUGCUAAAUUACUCUACUUGUAGGAAUCGUGUAGUGUGAAAUUUCUAUAACCAACCAUCGACAAUCACCAUCAUACCGCUCGCUAUUCAGGCCAACUCCGUAAUAUAUGUAUGCAUCAACACGCACCGCAGCC